AAGGCUUUUGGCCCUGCAUGACGCGUAGUUAGGCCUACCCCAAACUGCACCGAGGCGAGUACCACGGAGGCUAGAACGCGCUAGGCUUCCCAUACACACACCCACACCCACACAUACACACACCCCAGGAGCUGCACAGACAACCAGGAUGACCCUGAAAUCUCCUCCGGAGCGGAGCGUUGCUACUGUCGUCGCCAUAGGAAGGCUGCUGCUGCCUCUCGCCAUGUCUUCCAACGCUGAAUUUCACCAAAAGCUUUGGACUGUCAUCUUCCUCCGUUGAUCCUGUGGGGAGCUGAGACAGACAGAGUUGAGAAAGAAAGAAAGAAAGAAAGAAAGAAAGAAAGAAAGAAAGAAAGAAAGAAAGAAAGAAAGAAAGAAAGAAAGAAAGAAAGAAAGAAAGAAAGAAAGAAAGAAAGAAAGAAAGAAAGAAAGAAAGAAAGAAAGAAAGAAAGAAAGAAAGAAAGAAAGAAAAAGAAAUUAGGAUGAUGGGGAAGUUACGGAAUAUGGAGGAAGAGGGGAUAGUGGAGGGCUUCAGCACGGAGGAGCUGGAGUGCAUGAUCUGUUACUGCCCAUAUAGCCUGGGCAGCCGGCGCCCUAAGGUCCUCGAGUGCUGUCACCGCCUGUGUGCCAAGUGCCUGGCCAAGAUCUUAGACCUGGGCGAGUCGCCACCCAAUGCUGUGGUGUGUCCGUUUUGCCGGUUCGUCACUAGUUUCACGGGCGAGGCGGUGGGCAACCUGCCAGAUGACUGCAACUUGGUGGCAGCGCUGGCCCUCCAGACCCGGAACCAGAGGAACUUGCACUACCACACUGAGGGCCCCACCGAGCUACUGCUCAGCCCCAGGCACCUAAGCUCGCUCAUGGGCAACCCUCCCAGCGGCUCCCCAUCCUCCUCCACUACCACUACUACCACCACCACCACCUACUCCUCCAUCCGCGGCUCACCCAACUACAUGGUCAUCACCAUCAUGGAACCGCCUCCAUCCCCUCAGGACCACCACCCCUACCAACUUCACUCCCACCCCCCUGGAGUGGCCACCAUCCAGGGUAGGGAUUACCACUCCUCCAGUCUGGACUCCAUGGCCUCCAUCACCCAGAGGUGGGCGGUGUGGAACUGUGCUGCCCGGGCAUUGGUGUGGGUGUUGGGGCUCCUCUACUUCAGCUCCUUGCCCAUGGGGGUCUACCUGCUCAUCAUGCAGAAGACCACCCUGGGGGUCCUUCUGGUAAGCCUGGUCCCGGCAAGCCUCGUCAUGAUCAUGGUUUACGGCUUCUGCCAGUGCCUCUGUCACGAGUUCUGGGACCUUAUGCCCCAUAGCAGCCAAAGAACGAUCAUCCGAGGAGGUUAAGAACGGGUUGCAGAAAUGUUACAUUUUUCCGAAUGAGAUCGUUACUACUGACAAUGGAAGUUGGCAUCCUGGAUACCAUAGAAUAUUUCAUUUUUUAUUUUAUUUUAUUUUUUACUCAGGCUCAAAUGACUUGGCGGAUUGUAAAUGGGAAGAGAGCAGGUACAAGAGAUGUACAGUUUAGAUCAAUGUUAAGUUUUGGUAUUUUCAGUUCUAGUCAUUCAUUUAGAUUAUGUAAUUUGUGUACUGUGUAAACAAAACGGUCCACCAAAUAUCCAACUAUACUUAAAUAAGAAGUCGCAGUAAGUAUCGGGUAUGCUUUCGCAAUCAGAAAAAUGAUGAAGCAUUCUUUUUUUCAUUUUGAGGUAUUAACAAUAUAACUAUCUGGCCAUAAUUGGCACAGUAGAAAUGUAUACAUUUGUAUUGAAAGUACUUAGUGGGAGGAACAAAUGCUAAGCUUUGGCAAGUCAGUGUAAAUAAUAAUUUGUUAUAAAGGACGUGAAUAAUGUGGAGGACACCAAGAAUAUGAGUCAUAAUAUAACCGCCACCAUAAAUGUAUGUACUAUCAUCAUCAUUCUGGUGUAUCUGACAAUAAACAUCAUAAAAAAAAAAAAUGUAUGUUAAUGAAAAUUGUUUCUCAAAUGUAAAGUUAAUUUGGCAUAUCACCUUCAGAAUGUUUACGGGAUAAUCCACAAUUCAUACAGGGGAGUAAAUAGAUGCUUCUUAUUCAGAAUUGGGUGCAGAAAUGCAAAUGACAAAUUGACCAUGGCAGUCAAGGGUUGUGAUCAUUACAGCACGCAACAGAUUUUUUUUUUAA